CACGUGACCCAGGUUGAUGGUACAAACACGAUCGUGCACUUUGGAGCGUGUGACCAUCAGAUAGCUGUUUCGCCAUGGCCAACGUCUUCCUGGUUUGUGUGUUGCUGUUCCACUUUCAGCGGAUCCUCGCAGGUCCGGUGUUCCUGUCCGGCAGCACGGCCCACGUGGUGCUGAGCAGAGCCAAACGUGGGAACAGCGGCGUGUUUGAGGAGCUGUGGGAGGGCAACUUGGAGAGAGAAUGCUACGAGGAGAAGUGUGACGCGGAGGAGAUCAGGGAGGUCUUUGAGAAUUCCCAAUUGGCCGAGAACUUCUGGGCUUCGUAUGCAGGACGUGGCAGCCAGUGCUUGCAGGAUCCCUGUCAGAACCAGGGAACCUGCAAAGACCAAGGCGACUCCUACAUCUGCUCAUGUCCAGACGGUUUCAUCGGCCAGAACUGUGAGAUGGCUUUACAAGCUUUCCUGCGAAGGUGCGACUUCAACAAUGGACAGUGUAUGCACUUCUGCGAAGCGGGGGCGACCGGAAUCACGUGUUCCUGCGCUCCAGGAUAUAAGCUGGAUGAAGAUGGGCUGGGAUGCCAGCCAGAAGCCGAGUUUCCGUGUGGAAUGACCGCCCGGAGAGCUAUGAUGAGAGUCACCAGGUCUGUGGGCGGCACCAUCGACACGCCUGUGCGCCACAACAAUGCGACUCCUACGAUGACGACGACCCCAGCUACCGCCUCCACGGAGGCCCCCCGAGGACAUAAUGGCUCCGUGGAAAAUCAUCCCCCGUGGAAUCAGCGUGUCAUUGACACGCUUAAGAAGAAAAUCCCGAUGGUCCGCAAACGCAUCAUUGGCGGUCAUGACGUCCGUCCUGGAGAUAUCCCCUGGCAGGUAGCCUUGGUAUACAGUGACGACGGGAGAGUAUUCUGCGGGGGGUCCAUCCUGAGCGAGCGAUGGGUCAUCACCGCAGCCCACUGCCUGGCUCAGGCCGAGGGCCCCUUCUUCGUUAGAGUGGGGGAGCACCAGAUUUCAAUCCCUGAAGGACAUGAGCAGGAUCUCCAAGUAUCCGAGCAGCACAUUUACCCCUUCUACAACCCCCAAGUGAGUCUUGUCAAUCACGACCUGGCCCUGCUCCACCUCGACAAAGCCAUCAUCUACUCUCGAACGGUGCGGCCCAUCUGCAUCGGGCCCCAGGACUUCACAGAGGCCCUGGUGCAGAGCUCCUCCCCGGCCACGGUCAGCGGCUGGGGCAUUACCCAAACGGCCAAUACAUCCGACGCGCUGAAGAAGAUCAAGGUUCCCUUCACCAACCGGCGGGACUGCAAGCUCAGCAGCGCGGACAGGAUCACGCGCUUCAUGUUCUGCGCGGGCUUCGACGACAAGGACGAGGACCCCUGCAAGGGGGACAGCGGGGGUCCCCACGCCAACAAGCGGCACGGCACGUGGUUCCUGACGGGCAUCGUCAGCUGGGGGGAAGAGUGUGCGCAGAAAGGCAAAUACGGGGUGUACACCCGCCUGUCUUUGUACUACUCUUGGAUCCACAGCAUGAUCAACAAUCUGGCCUUCAGCAUGGAGGAGCCCCAAGAAGAAGAGUAGUCACCCGCACCUUUGUCCAAAAAGGUUAUAAGGGAACAGCAUGUGCAGCGUUGCGUUUUGUUGACUUUUUUCAAAUAAAAU